UAGACAUGGAGGAUGGGAAGCCUGAUCUGCUGCUGAUCAAAGAGGAGACAAUAGAGGACAGACCAGAGAGCAUUGACCUGCUGAGUGCACUAAAGAUUGGGGAGCAAGGUGGUUGGCUGGAGGCUAACAGAGGAGACUGGACAACAAUUUUGGAUACCCAGACCGGUGAAGCCAAGAGCCCAGGGGACAAUAUCACUGAGCGGGGCAGGACCAGAAGCGACAUAGUGGAGGUCAGUGGAUGGGACAGCAUCCUCAACUCUGGGCUGGGGGACAACACUGUUAACCAGAAACUGACAGUCGAACACAGAACAACAACCGAACUUAGUCUCCAUGACAACAGGGCGAGGUGUAGAUUUGGUCCACGGGGACUGGGAGGUAUCCAUAUGCGGCAGGAGAGAACAGAAACAAACUCUGCUAACGAUGCUCCGUCCUGCUCCUAUAGUUGUGAUUCAGAGAGACUGAUGGCGCCUCAGGUUAACCCCCUAACAGGUGCUGCCUUCAUAAACCAGACCUCAGACAAAGCCAGUGCUUCAACACUAAAUGGCUACACAAGCCCAUUGCCAAAUGACAGUAGUAGUGAUGCUAUCAGUAGAUCCGGUGGCAAAGAGAAGCGCUUUCCGUGUUCAUUCUGUGGGAAAGCCUUCAGUUUCUGCAAACAGGUGAUCCACCAGAGGGUGCAUACGGGGGAGAAACCAUUCGGCUGCCACCUGUGCCAGGCCAGUUUUUCACAAUCGUCCAGCCUGAACAGGCACCAGAGAGUCCACACGGGGGAGAAAUCCUACAGCUGCCCCCAGUGUGAGAAGAAGUUCUCCCGCCAGCACCAGCUGAAGAUGCACCUCAAGGUCCACACGGGAGAAAGGCCAUUCGCCUGUACUCACUGCGGGAAGAGGUUCUCGGAGAGGAGAUACCUCAAGAUGCACCAGCAGAAAAAACAUUCCACUAUAACAUAGAAAGUAACCAUUCCACUCGAUUCUGACGUUUAUAUCAAACCCUGCAUUAAAGGUAGAUGCAGCAAGAUGGCAUCCAGUAAACAGCAGUUGUGGGUCAAUCGUUGAAGUGCAAGGCCCAUACAUUGUGUGAUAUAUAUAAGGCAUGUAGUACAAUAUUGUGUUACAGCCUGAAUUUAAAAUGUAUUUCAUAUAUAUUUUUUGUCACUCGCCUACACAAUACCCCGUAAUG